AUGCUCUUAAUUGGCCCAGAUAAAGCACCAGGUCAUGAUGGUUUCUCUGGUGUCUUCUACAGACAUUUCUGGGAUGAUAUAGGGGUUAUAAUCUCUGAUAACCAAGCAGAUUUUGUCCCUGGAAGGCAAAUUACUGAUAAUGUAAUGAUUGCACAUGAACUAAUGCAUGGCUUGAAGUCUAAACGAGAUUGUGCAGAAAAUUACAUGGCGAUCAAGACAGACAUUAGCAAGGCAUAUGAUCGAGUUGAGUGGAAUUUUUUGGAAGAGGUGAUGAAGAAGAUGGGCCUUUCUGAAACUUGGACACAGUGGAUUAUGGCUUGUGUCAGGUCAGUUACAUUCUCAAUCAUAAUCAAUGGAUCUGAUUAUGCUGAGGCUCGGCGAGAAUUUCAAGGUAUGACACUUUCACAACAUUGUCCUUCCGUUUCACAUUUGUUAUUUGCGGAUGAUUCUCUAUUCUUCUGUAAAGCUACUACUCAAGACAGUAUGAGGAUGGCACAAAUUCUAAAGGAUUAUGAAGAACUCUCAGGCGGAGGCGGGAAAUAUCUAGGUCUCCCGGAACAAUUUGGACAAAGCAAGACAGAGGCGUUUCAGAGUAUUGUGGAUGGGGUUAAGAAGACUGUUGGAGGAUGGUACAACCAAUUUCUAACAGCUGCAGCUUGGCGAUUACUUAUUAAUCCGUCAUCUUUGCUCGCGAGGUUGUACAAAGGAAGGUACCACAGAUCAUCGACAUUCUUAGAGUCGGUGGGUGGGAGGAAUCCAUCGUAUGGAUGGAAGUCAAUACAAGCAGGAAAAUCCUUGCUUAAAAAAGGUUUACAAGUAAGAUUAGGAGAUGGUGAAGAUACGAGUGUCUGGGAUGAUAAUUGGCUCCCAGUGUUACCGCCAAGGGUGGUACAGCAACAAGGAUAUCGAAGAGAGAUGAAAGUGAAGGACUUAUGGAAGCCAGUAAUACGGGAAUGGGAUGAGGACAAGCUUGCUGCAUUAUUGGAUGUGGAAGAUGCCCGUCAUGCUAAAACCAUCUGA